GAGCUAUAAUUCCAUUGUGUCCUAGCCAUGUACGAGAGAGGAUAAACUUCACAGGGUUGGAGUCAUGUUUGAAAGCCUGGAACACGGCAACAGUUUCAGCAUCUCGGGAUUCGUGAUCAGACAGUAUAAAAUUCUCAAGAGUACUGUUGUGGGAAAAGGCAUCAGCUACGUUGGUAGCAAUAUCAUAAGAAAAUGGUAGAUUGGUCAUGGC